CAGCGGCUGGCGUGAGGGAGCGCGGCGCCGAGCAGGAUGGCUGGGCACAGAUUGGUGUUAGUAUUAGGAGAUCUUCACAUUCCACAUCGAUGCAACAGCCUCCCAGCCAAAUUCAAAAAACUGCUAGUUCCAGGAAAGAUCCAACACAUCCUCUGCACAGGAAACCUCUGCACCAAGGACACUUAUGACUACCUCAAGACUCUGGCUGGGGAUGUUCACGUUGUCAGAGGGGACUUUGAUGAGAACCUGAAUUAUCCUGAACAGAAAGUUGUAACUGUUGGACAGUUCAAAAUCGGGCUGAUUCAUGGCCAUCAGGUUAUUCCUUGGGGUGAUAUGGCCAGCCUGGCGCUGCUACAAAGGCAGUUUGAUGUGGACAUCCUAAUUUCAGGACAUACACACAAAUUUGAGGCAUUCGAACAUGAAAACAAGUUCUAUAUCAAUCCAGGAUCAGCUACAGGAGCCUAUCAUGCCUUAGAGAACAACAUCAUUCCUUCAUUUGUGCUGAUGGAUAUCCAGGCUUCUACAGUAGUUACAUAUGUCUAUCAACUAAUUGGAGAUGAUGUGAAAGUAGAAAGAAUUGAGUACAAAAAGUCUUAAAAAUGUAUUUGCUUGUCUGGUAUUUUUACCAUCUCAUUCUGAACUGCAAGUUACUACAAUACUUGAUUGCUAGUUUACAGUACUACACUUACUUGCUAACAGCUUAACAAUGUAGCUUAUUGGUAAUAACUUUAAGACAACAUUGUGUUUGCUUUUCUCUGUAUGAAUCUAUUUGUAAAAUAUGCCAUUAAAAUAACUGUUUAAAUACUGUUCCUUAAUGUUGUAAUAAACUCCACUUCAUAGAAAAAUUAAGCUUUAUGAACGACCGUUGGGGAAAAACCCAACAGUCGUUGCUUUUAAAAUGCCUGAUGCUCUGGUUUGGUGAGUUACGUCUAAAGGGUACUUGUAAAGGGCUUGAACAAAAAGAUUGAGGGCUCUGGGGCCAUGUUAUGUUUGCUUCGGAAUCCAGUUGAUAUUUAAUUUUCUCAAUUUAACAUUCC